CCCCCCAGCCUCCCCUCCCUCGGACCCCUCCCCGCGCAGUCCCUCCCUCCGCCCGCGGCUCGGCUCGCGGGAGGCGCAGGGCGCCGGGGCUGGCGCGCUCUCCCGGGCGCACACACAUAUCCACGCACGCACGCCCAGAGCAGCUGUCUCCGCCGUGGCCGGCGCUCCUCUCGCCCAUGCGGACGGACAGAGCUCAGGAAGAUGGCUGACGACUCCGUGGGGCCCCGAGGAUGCAGCCCGGCGGCGGCGGCGGGAGCGGGAGCGGCGGAGGCGGCACCGGCAGCGGCGGCAGCAGCAGCAGGAGCGGCGGCGGCGGCGGCAGGAGCGGCGGCGGCGGCAUCCCCGAGACUCCCCGGGCUACCCUUCCCCGUGACGGCCACUGACGGUCUCCGCCGCUAGAAGAGACCCCGCUCCUCCCGCGCCUGCCUCCCCCCUCCCAGCCCCGGACCCGCCAGUACCGCUACCUCCGCCAGUGUUGCCACCAUCAGCACCACCUCCACCUCCGCCACCGCCACCGCCACCGCCGCCGCCACCGCCACCGCCACCGCCGGCGGCGGCAGCAGCCAUUUCAUCUCCACAGAAACCAGACACAAAAACAUGGCAGAAAUGGAGAAAGAAGGGAGACCUCCGGAAAAUAAACGGAGCCGGAAACCGGCUCACCCCGUGAAGAGGGAGAUCAACGAGGAGAUGAAGAACUUUGCAGAGAACACCAUGAAUGAACUUCUUGGCUGGUAUGGCUAUGAUAAAGUUGAAUUAAAAGAUGGUGAAGACAUUGAGUUCAGGAGUUACCCUACUGAUGGGGAGAGCCGACAGCACAUUUCUGUUCUCAAAGAAAAUUCUUUGCCAAAACCAAAAUUACCAGAGGACAGUGUUAUUUCAUCAUACAAUAUAAGCGCAGGCUAUUCAGGCCUUGCCACUGGGAAUGGACUCAGUGACUCCCCUGCAGGGUCAAAGGACCAUGGCAAUGUGCCCAUUAUUGUACCUUUAAUUCCACCACCUUUCAUAAAGCCGCCAGCAGAAGAUGAUGUGUCAAAUGUACAAAUAAUGUGUGCCUGGUGCCAGAAAGUGGGGAUCAAGCGCUAUUCCCUGAGUAUGGGAAGCGAGGUGAAAAGCUUCUGCAGCGAGAAGUGCUUUGCGGCCUGCCGGAGAGCCUACUUCAAAAGAAACAAGGCUAGAGAUGAAGAUGGACGUGCUGAAACUUUCCCCCAGCAGCACUAUGCUAAGGAAACUCCAAGGCUUGCCUUCAAGAAUAACUGCGAACUACUUGUGUGUGACUGGUGUAAACACAUAAGGCAUACAAAAGAAUACCUGGAUUUUGGGGACGGGGAAAGAAGGCUUCAGUUCUGCAGUGCAAAAUGUCUCAAUCAAUACAAAAUGGACAUUUUCUACAAAGAGACACAGGCCAAUCUUCCAGCUGGGCUGUGCAGCACAUUACACCCUCACAUGGAAAGUAAAGCCGAAGGCACCGGGGUGCAGCUGCUCACUCCAGACUCUUGGAAUAUCCCGCUAACAGAUGCUCGGAGGAAGGCUCCCUCCCCGGUGGCUGCAGCUGGCCAAAGCCAGGGCCCUGGCCCAUCCUCGUCCACCACCGUCUCUCCAUCUGACACUGCCAACUGCUCUGUCACUAAAAUCCCCACGCCAGUGCCCAAGUCCCUCCCCAUCAGCGAGACUCCAAGCAUCCCUCCUGUCUCGGUCCAGCCACCUGCCAACAUUGGACCUCCGCUGGGCGUCCCGCCUCGCAGCCCUCCCAUGGUGAUGACCAACCGCGGCCCGGUGCCGCUGCCCAUCUUCAUGGAGCAGCAGAUCAUACAGCAGAUCCGCCCGCCCUUCAUCCGCGGGCCCCCUCACCAUGCCUCCAACCCGAACAGCCCCCUGUCCAACCCUAUGCUCCCGGGCAUUGGGCCUCCGCCGGGUGGCCCCAGGAACCUGGGCCCCACUUCCAGCCCCAUGCACCGGCCCAUGCUAUCACCCCACAUCCACCCCCCAAGCACCCCUACCAUGCCUGGGAACCCCCCGGGACUGCUGCCCCCGCCGCCCCCCGGCGCGCCCUUGCCCAGCCUUCCUUUCCCUCCGGUAAGCAUGAUGCCAAACGGCCCGAUGCCGGUGCCCCAGAUGAUGAACUUCGGGCUGCCGUCGCUUGCCCCGCUGGUGCCGCCCCCCACGCUGCUCGUGCCGUACCCAGUGAUCGUGCCCCUGCCGGUGCCCAUCCCUAUCCCUAUCCCCAUUCCCCACGUCAACGAUUCCAAGCCCCCCAACGGAUUCUCCAGCAACGGGGAGAGCUUCGUUCCCAGCGCCCCGGGCGACUCGGCGGCGGCGGGAGGCAAGUCGGGCGGACGCUCCCUGUCUCCGCGGGACUCCAAGCAGGGCUCGUCCAAGUCGGCCGACUCGCCGCCGGGAAGCUCCGGCCAGGCUCUGAGCCUGGCGCCCGCGGAGCGCGGCCGUGGGGAGGUGGUGGACCUGACCCGGCGCUCCGGCAGCCCCGUGGGUGCGGGAGGCCAGCCCGGCUUCGCCGGCGUGCUGCACGGCCCGCAGGACGGCGUCAUCGACCUGACAGUGGGCCACCGCGCCCGGCUGCACAACGUGAUCCACCGCGCGCUGCACGCGCACGUCAAGGCGGAGCGAGAGCCGGGCGCCGCGGAGCGCAGGACCUGCGGCGGCUGCAGGGACGGCCACUGCAGCCCGCCCGCCGCCGGCGACCCGGGCCCGGGCGCCCCCGCGGGUCCCGAGGCUGCCGCCGCCUGCAACGUCAUCGUGAACGGCACCCGGGGCGCCCCGGCCGAGGCCAAGGGCGCAGAGCCGCCGCCGGAGCAGCCACCGCCCCCCGCGCCACCCAAAAAGCUGCUGUCGCCCGAGGAGCCCGCGGUGAACGAGCUGGAGUCUGUCAAGGAGAACAACUGCUCUUCCAGCUGCCACCUGGACGGGGAGGCGACCAAAAAGCUGAUGGGGGAGGAGGCCCUGGCGGGGGGCGACAAGUCGGACCCGAACCUCAAUAACCCCGCGGACGAGGACCACGCCUAUGCUCUGCGGAUGCUGCCCAAGACCGGCUGCGUGAUCCAGCCUGUGCCAAAACCCACGGAGAAGGCUGCCAUGGCGCCGUGCGUCAUCUCCUCGCCCAUGCUCAGCGCAGGCCCCGAGGACCUGGAGCCGCCGCUGAAAAGGAGGUGCCUCCGAAUUAGAAACCAGAAUAAGUAAAAGGAACACUCGCUCCCAAGGUACCUUGCAUGGUGAGAGGGCGUGGAACAAAUCAUGUCAUGCCAUCCAAUGACACCAGCUGGUCAGCUUACCACCCCCCUCUGGCUAAAAUUCAAGCAAAUAACACAGCUUCCUGUCAUUAAACAUCUUGGAGGAAGCAGCCCUCCCUGGUGGCCUCCAGGCCAGAGAAGCCAGCUCGUCUUGGACCCACCAAGCUUGGGCCCAGCAUUCCUGCUCCCCCCCAUCUCUGCUUCUCCCCAGAGGAACUUAGGGAUUUCGCUGGUCGGAAACAAACAAACACUACCAACACACCACAAGGACCAAUGUAGGUAUUCUCACCCCAUCUUCAAGGCUCUACGGCUGAGGCCGGAAGAUGUUAGGGACUGGAAAACAAGAACCUUUUUUAAAUCUUUUUAAGAACUGCUGUGGUUUGCUGCUACGAUAAGAAUUGUGAUUUGCUUUUAUGGUUUAGGAACAGAACUGUUCACGUUUUGGUGAGGAGAAGGGAUGGUGCUGGAGUCCCAAAGCUUCAGAUUCGUCUCUACCCCAGCCCACGAUGCACUUUUAAAUGAAGAGGUAGAAUAUUUUAUUGGCUAAUAAACUUUUCAUGUUAUUUUUUACAAA